GCGCGCUUCCGCUCCGGGCUGGCCUUCCUGCUGCCAUGGCGGUCGCGGCGCUGCAGCUGGGGCGGAUCCUGUGCGCGGGGUCGCGCGGCCUGCGCGGCUUCGCCUCGGCCGUCAGGCCCGCGGCCUCGAGGGGCGGCCCGCGCCUGGCAUCCAGAAGUGAAAGGCCAAUAAGGAGAAAGGCACUGCCUCCUAGGACGGAGAAGAUGGACGUUGACCAGGACUGGCCCAGUGUCUACCCUGUUGCGGCGCCAUUUAAACCCUCUGCUGUCCCUCUGCCUGUUCGAAUGGGGUAUCCAGUAAAGAAGGGCGUGCCCAUGGCAAAGGAGGGGAACCUAGAGCUCUUAAAGAUCCCGAAUUUCCUGCAUUUGACUCCUGUGGCGAUUAAAAGGCACUGUGAAGCUCUAAAAGAUUUCUGCACUGAGUGGCCGGCUGCACUAGACAGUGAUGAGAAAUGUGAGAAGCAUUUUCCAAUUGAGAUUGAUACAGCAGAUUAUGUGUCAUCAGGACCGUCUGUUCGCAACCCCAAAGCACGAGUGGUAACAUUAAGGGUUAAACUUUCAAGUUUGAAUUUAGACAACCAUGCAAAGAAGAAACUUAUUAAACUUGUAGGAGAGCGGUACUGCAAGACCACUGAUGUGCUCUCUAUCACCACAGACAGAUGCCCUCUGAAGAGGCAGAACUAUGACUAUGCGCUGUAUCUCCUCACAGUACUGUACCACGAGUCUUGGAAAACUGAAGAAUGGGAAAAAAAUAAGACUGAGGCAGACAUGGAAGAGUAUGUGUGGGAAAAUAGCUCCUCGGAGAAGAACGUUCUCCAGACCCUGCUGCAGAUAAGAGCGGCCGACAGCAGUGGAGCACCGAGCAGGGAGGAGCUGCUGGGGACUAAGGAGGUUGAAGACUACCAGAAGUGUGUUGUUCGACUCAAGAAUGAGGGCGAGAACGAGGAGAGCCUUGCUCAGUACAAAGAAUCCGUGAAGAGACUGUUAAAUCUGGAGUGCAGUCUAAACUAGGCUGUAUCAGGUUUAUCGUGUACUUGGUCACUGAUUUUAUAUAAAUGGAAAAUAUUUAAGAA